CCCGCCAUGUCGUUUGUGGAGACUGGGAGCCGCACGGCUCUGCUGCGCCGCCGCCUUGGUACUCCGGCCCCACUCACUCGGCCGGUGUAUUCUGCCUUCUCUCAGGGGGACAGUUGGGGUGAAGGUGAGAUCGACGAAGAGGGAUGCGACCAAGUGGCCCGCGACCUGCGAGCGGAAUUCUCCGCUGGGGCAUCGUCGGAGCUCAAAAAGGGCUCCGUACAUCCGCUGGAUGGGGACGGGUCGCCGGUUCUGCCUGAUAAGCGCAAUGGCAUCUUUCCGGCGACUGCGAGCGGCCGUUCCCCGCCGCGGCGGUGGCCAGUCCAGGUCCUCUCUGUGCUCUGUUCGCUGCUAUUCGCCGCCCUUCUUGCCUUCCUCCUUGCCAUCGCCUAUCUGAUCGUAAAAGAGUUGCAUGCUGAGAAUCUGAAGAAUGAAGAUGGUGUAAACACUGGGCUAUUAGGAUUCUGGACCCUGCUUAUCAUAUCCCUAACUGCUGGAUUCUCCUGUUGCAGCUUUUCUUGGACUGUGACUUAUUUUGAUUCUUUCGAACCAGGGAUGUUUCCUCCUACUCCUCUUUCACCUGCCAGGUUCAAGAGACUGACUGGACAUUCUUUCCACAUGGGCUACAGCAUGGCAAUUUUGAAUGGCAUUGUAGCAGCUCUUACUGUAGCAUGGUGUCUCAUGUAA